CUACGAGCUCAACAAAAAGGGCGAUGAAUCCUUCAGAAGAGAGUAUGGUAUAAAUCAGUUCUCAUCAUCUCUCUCGAUCCCUGCGGAGGUGAGAACCUGACACUGAAAUGCCCCAAAUGCCAAUUACUCUUAUCCCGAUCUCCUUAAUUAGCUCUGCAAUCUGAUACUUUUCCAUCAGAUUGCUGCUUGUUUGGCAAGCCAGCUAGCGCGAAGAACGAAAAUGGCGUUCUGGGAUGGCUCUUUCCUCACUACUGAGCUCUCGCAUCAGACCUCCUGUUUUGGCCUUCGGCUCUGGGUUUUGAUCGCCAUCUCCGUCGGGGUUGCCAUCGUUCUCGUCCUCUUUAUCCUCUCCAUCUGCCUCGCCUUCCGCCGCCGCCGCACCCUUUCUCCCCCCUCCCACAAAACCCUAAAGCACCACCUCCAUGAUUCCACCCCGGCCAUCUCCAAGGAAAUCCUCGAGAUCUUCCGCCUAAAUUCCCCCCCUCGCGCAGCGGCCGCCGCUCCACCCAUUACCGAGAUUCAGGUGGACAUCGGCAAGGAGAACCACCACGUCGUGUUUUCCGAUCACAAGGGCCAUGCGCCGCUGCCUUCGUCGUCGACGGCGAGCGCUGAGAGUCGCAGCACGGCGGCUGAUUUCACCGUUUCGCCGAAAGGGAUCGGUGGCCCGCCGGAGGUUUCGCAUCUCGGAUGGGGGCAUUGGUACACUCUUCGGGAGCUGGAGGAAGCCACCGGAGGAUUUGUUGAUGAAAACGUGAUAGGGGAAGGAGGGUACGGGAUCGUGUACCGCGGGGUCUUACCUGAUAACACCAUGGUCGCCAUCAAGAACCUUCUCAAUAACAGAGGGCAGGCGGAAAAGGAGUUCAGAGUAGAGGUUGAAGCCAUUGGUCGUGUUAGGCAUAAAAAUUUGGUCAGAUUGCUUGGUUACUGCGUUGAAGGAGCCCACAGAAUGCUUGUCUAUGAGUAUGUAGACAAUGGUAAUUUGGAUCAGUGGAUUCAUGGUGACAUUGGGGCUGCAACUCCAUUGACCUGGGAAAUCAGGAUGAACAUAAUCUUAGGAACGGCUAAAGGUUUAGCUUACCUUCAUGAGGGACUGGAACCAAAAGUUGUUCACCGAGAUGUGAAAUCUAGUAACAUAUUGCUUGACCGGCAUUGGAACUCUAAAGUUUCAGACUUUGGGCUUGCCAAGCUCUUGUGCUCGGAGAGGAGUUAUGUCACAACGCGCGUCAUGGGUACAUUUGGCUACGUAGCACCGGAGUAUGCUAGUACUGGAAUGUUGAAUGAGAGAAGUGAUGUUUACAGCUUUGGGGUUCUUAUCAUGGAGAUCAUUUCUGGGAGAACCCCCGUCGAUUACUCGAGGCCGCCUGGUGAGGUGAAUUUGGUUGAUUGGUUGAAGAAUUUGGUGGGAGAACGGAGAUACGAGGAGGUCGCAGAUCCAAAGAUUUUAGUGAAGCCUUCGUCCAAAUCACUCAAACGGGCACUUCUUGUAGCACUUCGCUGCGUCGAUCCUGAUGCGAUAAAACGACCAAGAAUGGGCCAUGUCAUUCACAUGCUCGAAAUGGAGGAUUUCUCGGCCCGAGAGGAUCGAAAACAUGGUCGGGAAGCGUCAAAUAAUGUCAAUCCGACCACCAAAGUAGGAAAAAAGAUAGAACUUUUGAGUAGGCAAGCCAUGAACAUCAAGUAGGGGUUAGAGAGGCAUUUUUGUUUUGUUUUGUUUUGUUUUACAAGGGCACAUCAAGACUUAUUGUCCUUUUGGUUUUUCCCUUAUUUCCUAUAUCAUUAAGGAUCCAUUAAAGCAUUUGUAUCUUUAGUCUUUGGUGUAUUAUAGCAAACAUUUCUCUUUAAUUUUUUAUUAUUUAAUGCUCAAUCCUUCUUUAAUAGUGCUUCUCCAAUUAAUACGAGCAAUAGAAAGUUUAGUUCACGUGA